CCGAACUGCCCAUGCCCGAUCUAGAACUCGUUUCUUUACCGUGUCCCGAUCCAGCUAGCCCCUGCAGACUUAUCUCGGGUCAUCGCGGGCAUAUAUGCAAAAGUGAAAUAUAGCUUCAAAGUUACAGCCUUAAGGUCAAGUUAAGAAAAUGUAUGAUCGCGCUCCUCGCUCGCUUGCUGUCUGCAUAGGCAGCACGCAGGAAAAUGUGGGCCCGGGAUCUUAUGACCUUCGACAUGAGAAGACUUCGACAACAGGUGGAUAUGCUCCAUUUCUAUCAAUUGCAAAACGAGAUUUCACAUUUGAUAUCCAGCAGACGUUGGUUGCUCCUGGCCCUGGUCACUAUGAUUUAUCCAGCAUAAAGGAUAAGGUGAAAGGAGGACAAACUUUGCAGAACAAAGAACUACGUUUUAAAGAGUAUGUCUCAUCUAUGCCAGGUCCUGGUGAAUAUGACCUACUCGUUGGCGUGGAUAGAGAAGGACCGAGGAAGAAAGAGGUCACUUCUGCUAAACCACAAAAGAGAGUGCUGAGCCAAGUGAAAAGGCAUCCCAAAUCAGGAGCUCCCUCCAUUCCUACACCUGGACAAGCCUUUGGUUAUGAAGAAAAUGAGGAUGGUUCUCUUGUUAGACAACCACCACCUGCAAUGGAUGAUACUUUGGGUCCAGCUUAUUAUCUUCUUAGUAAUAAGGAUACAUAUGCAACACUGAAAUAUAAAGGCGUGCAUUUUGCGAAGUAUUCAGGAAAACGCACAGAAUUUCGGAAUCAAGAGGGACCGGGUCCUGGUGAAUAUGACAUAGAUCCGGAAAGUGCGCUGCAUUAUGAGAAUGUCAACUCUAAGAAGGAAGACAAGAAGAAAUAUGAGCCAUUCAUUCCACGGUAUCACGAAGUAAUCGCAUUACAGGAAGAGAAGAAGGGUGUACCUGGGCCAGGAAACUAUGACAUUAUACGUCAGUUUGAAAAAGAACAAAGACUUUCAAAAUCUGCAAAUAUUCCACAACCACCAUUUCUAUCAAAAGCUGAAAGAUUUCUACCUGUGAAAUCAAUCACCCCAGCCCCGGGCACAUAUAAUGAACAGCGAACAGCUUUUGAGUCCUUGAAGAAAACAUCAAGUUUUGCACAGACUCCGUUUGGCCAAACUGCAGCUCGAUUUACUAAAGAGUCAAGGCUGCAAAAAACACCAGGUCCAGGAUCUUAUAAUAUCUUCAAUUAUGGAAUUGCAAGAGACAUAAUGAAAAAAGCUAACCUCGACAGUGCCAGAAAUGGAGGACUUGGAUCAUCUGCUGCUCGGGCACCUUCUAUAUCAAAGCGUGAUGUGAUCUCAACACCAGGUCCAGCUCACUAUGUUGUCAAGGACAAAAUCGCAGAGCCAUACAAGCAUCGAACUUCUUCUGUAUUUUCGUCAGGAACAGAGAGGCUGAUAUUGAAUACAGAGUUGAAGGAUACACCACCGCCUGGUUCCUAUAACAUUUGUGAAUCAUUUGAAAUAUUGCAUGGUAAAGGCAGAUACAGACCACCCAGGACCCUGCAAGCCAAAAGAAAACAUGCCUCUUUUUUGAGUGGGGCUCCUAGAACCAUUCAGUUGAAGACUGACACUGAAGUGCCAGGACCAGGUGCCUAUAACCCAGUGAUGAAACUGGUCACUCAAGUUGCUUUAUCUGUUCCAAAAGAAGAACGUUUUAAGGAGCCAAAGGAAGACACCCCUGGACCUGGGACUUACGAGCUGAGCUCUGUUUUUAAGGACACCGUGCUUAAGGGGACAUUUAAUGCAACCUUGCCUAACCCAUUCCAGAAUCAAGACGAGAGAAACCCUCUGAAAGACCAAGCAUAUAAGCAACCUUUCACUUUAAGCAUCUGAUUCUUCACCAUUCGCUGUACUGAUCUUCACCAGGACUCUGUAUUAUUGUAGGUGUCUUUCAACUGUCUCUUGCAAUAAAUGUCAGUAUCUACAGCAUCUUCUACCUGCUGAGCCAUGGCUAUGGUUGACCUGAUUCUUCAAAACAAGAAGAGAUAAAUAAGAUUCUUGGAAAUACAUAUUUUUCUCUGUAAUGAAUGACCUUUCUUGUUCAUAUAAAUUGUAUGCUGGUUUCCUUUAAAAAAAA